AUGGACUAUACACAAACCAGCAGACUACGAACUGAAAAGUCUGAUUUCACUCAGUCAUUGGAUGAAACUGAAAAAGAGUUAUAUCGAGUAGGAGUUGAGAGUACAGGCGCCAUGACGAGGUGGAUUAAGAGUAGAGCCUCAUCAGCAAGAAUCAUGACUGCGGAUGUUUUGACGAGGAAUCGGCAACGUUGA